GUGUAUAACGUAUUUACGCGCAGCGCUCUCGCCUCCGUCGCCCACCGCUCCCCCGCGCCGGCCCGCCCACUGCAGUGUACGCGCACACACGAAUGAUCGUCGUUCCCGGUCGUUCCACACCUAGCGCGCCAAUUUCUCGUCGUGUUUAUAUUAUUUUUGUUUUUUUUUUCUCUUGUUUUCACGAAUUCACGUAUCACUCGCGCCGGUCGCUUCGACUGUCGAUAAUUGUUCGCGGAUCGUUUCGUCGUGAAUAAAUACCGUCGAGGUGCUUCAGUCGAWCCAGUGACUACGUACACCGCGUCAAAUAUCGUCGUCGCCGCCACUAUCUCGCAUUUUAUUUCGUUGUAUGUAUUGACGCUAUUGUAACAUUACCGGCGUACUACCCCGUAACCAGUAACCACCACCACCACCACCACCGUUUACGCUGGACAUAACCACGGCCGCAGACGGAACCGACAGAGAAUCAUCACGGCGGUCGAGAUAGCGUACCGGUUUACUACGCACGGACACGUUUACGACGUACAGUUAUAUCAAUUAAAAAAACAUCAUGGAUCUUGGAACAUUAGAUAGUCUUACUUUUUAUCAAGACUGUAUAGACUUUGACAUGAAAAGUGAUUAUGAUCGUGUUUUAUCAAAUAGUAGUUUCAACUAUGAUGAUUCCUUGUCAUUAAAUGAUGACAACAUGAUGUCCAUGAUGGAUCCGCUCAAUUCUGGAUUAUGGCUCAAUUCUGAUUCAGAUUAUCACCAUCAUUUAGACUUCAUGGAAGGUGACUUGGAGUCAGCUAUCAUGGUUAAUCCUAAUUCUGUAAUACCAUCAUCUGCAGCAGCUGCUGAAAUUAAAGUUAAAGAAGAAUCAGUUGAACCAGUUUUACCGAAUACAUAUACGCCUUUUACAAUUAAACAAGAGAAGCUUGAACCAGUUGAACCUCAAGAAGUUAAGAUUAAGUUACCUGAAAUUAGUCCAGAAUGCAUUAAUAUAAAAUCUGAAAAAUCACCAUUAGAAAUAACUAAAGUGGAAGAACUUAAACCUAUACCAAAAGCUAUUAGGCUAUCUGAUUUGUUAAGUCAAACAUCGAGUACUGGACACCAGAAGACUGAAUUAAUGACUGUACGUGUAACAAUGCCAUCAGCUUUGCCCACCCUAAAGACAACUGUAACUACUAGGACAGUUCCUAUUUCUUUUGUUAAUAAUACUAUUUCCGGACAUUACAAAAUUGUUAGGCCUAAGCAACAAAUAAAACCUAUUCAAUCAAGAAUCAAUGGCAACAAAAUUAAUGAAAAUAUGGGCUUAUAUCCAAGACCUACUUAUUCCUACUCAUGCUUGAUCGCUAUGGCAUUAAAAAACUMAAGCUCUGGAUCCUUACCUGUUUCAGAAAUUUACAAUUUUAUGUGCAAACAUUUUCCUUAUUUUAAGACUGCCAGUAGCGGAUGGAAGAACUCUGUUCGUCACAACCUUAGUUUGAAUAAGUGUUUUGAAAAGAUUGAAAAGCCGAUUGGUAGUACGGGCGCACCAAGGAAAGGAUGUUUAUGGACGAUGAAUCCUAGCAAAAUAUCAAAAAUGGAUGAUGAGAUGCAAAAAUGGUCGCGUAAAGAUCCUUCUGCAAUUAGGCGUGCAAUGCUAAAUCCUGAACAUUUGGAUUUGCUUGAACGUGGCGAGAUGAAUGAAUGCUUUGAUCGACGUGACAGUUAUUACUUUGAUGAUGAAGAAGAAGAGGAAGAAGAAAUAAUCAGUCAAGAAAUGACAUCAGAAGACGACAGAAUCAGUGAUGUUGAAGAAGAAUCUGAUAAUGAGUCAAGAGCUGAUAAGGAUGAUUCACCAUAUCAACUAAUAACAUUUGGCCUAGAUGACUUAGCUAACCUUAAUGACCUUGGCAAUGAUAUUGAUGAUGAUGAAGAAAUUGAGGAGAGUUCAAAUGAUGGUAGUUUCGGCAUUGAAGCUUCAGAAUACAAAACAAACUUUGACGAUUUGAUAUCUGUUCAAGAUAUGCCUAUGACAUAUGUAGUUCAGCCUCAAAAUAAGACUGUAAUCAACAAUAAACGACCGUAUCAACAACCUUUAUAUAAAGGUAGUUAUGUGUUAACUAAAAAUGUUACAUCAAAUGUACCAAGUCCAAAGCGAAAAUUCAUCAGCAGGCCCGUAUCAAUAUUAAGAAAUAUUUAAUAUGAACAUUUGAUGUAACGCAAGAAUAACAUACAGGCCUUGAUUAAUUGCAAUAUUGGUAAAAUGCAUAAUUUGCUGAUAACCCAAUUUUAAUAUUUUAGUCAUAUUAAUUUCAUUUUGGUACUUUUGAGUCUGAAUAGUCAAAUUACAAUGGGUUACAUAUCAAGUGUGUUAUGUAAUAUAAAUGUAUACAAUUUAAUUUUGUGAUGAUUUUCGUGAUUAUUUGAAACAGUAAAUACCACAUAAUAUGUAGUUUUUAUUUGUAUGUGUACUGUGUAGACAUAAUUAUAGACUGCUAAAUUAAGUUCCCAAUGGUCAAUUACUAGCUAUUACUUCUAUAAUAUAUUUAUUUUAUUUCUUGAUAUAAKAAAAAUAAAUAGUUUUAUUUAACUGCUGUACUUUUAUUUGUUCAAGGAAGUAUAUAAAUCACAUUCAAUUAAUGUAUUUAACAGAAGUUAAACUUAGUUCUUCAUACAAAAAUAAUUAUUAUGAUUUCUAAUUUGUUCUAUUUUAUCAAUUUAUUUCCUUUUUAAUCGCUUAGACUCAAUAUUACUUACAUAAGUAUAUAAUUUUUGUAUAAUAUAUGUUUAAAUUUGAUGACGGU